AUGAGGUCUCUUAUUACUCUUCUUCCUGUGUUUUUCCUUCCUGUGUUGGGUUCUCCCAUUACGGAGGGCUUCAGCAAGAGAGACGAUCGUGGCUCUAAAACCGUAACUGGCAUCAGCGCACACAAGGAGGCCAUCUUAGAUGCUGGCGGGAACACCCUUGAUCUUGCCAUUGCCAUGCUUGAAAUCAAAACCAUGAAUACUGCCGACUACUCCUAUAGCGACGGAAAGACCUAUGAUGCCGCCAACUUCAGUAUGUUUAAGCAGAACUGGGGCAUACUUCGUGAACGUGCCUAUCGCUACGGGUUCAAAGGCCAGUCCCAGGACGAAUGGGACAACAGCGCGAGACUGAAGUAA